AUGUAUUCAAUUUCGCCCAGUCAAUCAGAACUGUUUCAUCUUAGAUUACUUUUAAUAGUAGUUAAAGGCGCUACAAGUUAUGAUCAUCUGCGAACUGUCAACAAUAUUGUACAUGACAUUUUUCGUAGUGCAUGUUUAGCAUUAGGCCUUAUUGAAGAUGAUGGAGAAUGGGAACGUGCUUUGACAGAAGGAGAAGUAUCGAUGAUGCCACAACAAUUAAGACGUUUAUUUGUGCAAAAUCAAGCGAACAACGAAAUGUCAUUGCAACAACAUAAAGAGAUUGGUGAAAUGCAAUAUGUGAAACUGAAUUCCAAACAGAAGGAUAUUGUUGAUGAAGUAUUAAAUGUAGUUAUUCAAGAUAAAAGAAUACCAUCUUCUUCAUGUUAUUACAUUGAUGGACCAGGAUUAAGAGCCAAUUGUAUUGUCAUGCUACUUCGAAAUCUUAGUAUUAAUGAAGGUUUAUGUAAUGGAACGCGAAUGCAGGUAUUAGAACUAUCAAACAAUCUGCUACGUUGUCGUAUUUUAACAGGUGAUAAUCUUGGGAAUCAUUAA